AUGAAAUUUGUUUACAACAAUCAAAAACACUUGAUGAACAAAGGGAUUAAGUUGAGUAUGUUUAAUAAGGAAAGCUAAUAUCUAAUGCACUUGCUUUCUCUUAGAAAUAAAAUGAUUCUGAAUUAAAAUAAGGACGCAAUACAAAAACACAUUACCUAAAAUGAUUUCGAGAUGAAACCUUAGAAAUUUUAUUUGAAAGCUAUCAACUUAAAGAAUUUAGUGAAUGAGAACUAAUAAUAGGUGUGUUUAACUAAGGAAUAUUCAAAAUGGAAAUCUUAUGUAUUAAAAUAAAUCAAAGUUGUUAAAAUUGAUUAAUUUUUAUGCAUGAAUAACCCAUUUAAUUAAAUCACUCUAUUUCAAGAUAAAGCACAACAAAAGUAUGAUCUGACUUAACAUAAAUUAUUUUUAAACAUUAACUAAAUUAGGAACAAAAAAUUUUGUAUUAAACUAAAGAAGAAUCAAUUUUGA